ACUACAAAAUUUUGUGUAGACAUAAAAAUUCCUUAUUUCAAUUUGAUUUUUUUGUUGUAUAUUUCUACCUGAUUUAAAUAAAUUUGUUUAUUUUAUGGGGUUUGGCUUCUACCCCUUUUAAAAUUGCAGUUUUACCCAUUUUAUUGUCGCGUUUUAAGCUCCUUAAAACUCACCUUUUACAUACACCAUGGAUAUCGUAGAUAUGUGUCCAGAGGAUAAGACCCCAAAAUUCCCCUACAGUAAACACUCGAUCGCACCUAACGUGAACAACUCGUGGAGCACGGUUAACAACCAGGUCAUGGCGUCUAGCAGCAACCUAGUGAUGGAGCAACAGUCGGCCGAGUGGAAAUCGACCCAGGAUAUGAUAAGGCUUGCUCGCAUGAGAGUCGUCACCUCGGUCAUGCUGCACGCAUGGCGCCAACGCCGCGCCGAUGUCCGCAAAUUGCAGCAGGCGGUGGAACGUCUCCAAAAGAACUCCAUUUUCUCUAAAAACGAGCUACAUGUAUCCAAAACACUGAUGCGCGUCGAGCAGAAACGUUGCAGGGAGCUUCAAGUGGAACUGAAGAAAUCCACAAUAAACAUGAACCAGGCGCGAAAGUCCUGUGAGAUGCUUAACACUUCCCUAAUCAACCUGCAGGCCGACAAGGACCAACUGGAGAAAGAGCUAAUCUACUGCAGACAAGAGCAAUUGGAGCUGAAGAAAAUUGCGGCGAAAUGCAAUGAAGAUCUUCGAAAUGCGCUCUACGAGCAGCUCAACUUAAAGCAAAAGCUGGCUGAGGAGGAAUCCAACGUGCAGCAAUUGAAGCAGGAGAAGGAGCGACUUCUGAAAGAGAUGAGCGAGAUCGAAAAGGAGCACAGGAAUGUGAAGGAGUCCCUUGUCCUUCAGUUGGAAGACAAGAAUGAGGAACUAGCCAACAUGCGCUCAACAGUUGAACAACUCGAACAGAAACUCAAAGACCGUCAGAUGAAACGUAAUGAACUCAAACAGUAUCUGAAGAACAUUGAGAGCAUAGAGCAGGUGGAUCUCUGGCCGCGCCCCGAUGUCGAGCUUCCCAUAAAGCCAAUCGUCGUCUCCACACCCCAAUCACGAUCGCUUACAGUGCCGAACCGUCGAUACGGAGAGCUUUUGUCAACUGUACAAUGUUACACAUCCGUCGCCUUAUUCUGGAUAUGGCUCACUCUACUGCCUCGCAAGUCAUUGCGCUACGGCUGCAUGCCGACGAAGCGGUGAAAAGCGAGUCAAUUCACCAAAAUAAAAUGU